CUCUCUCCGCAGAGAGAGAGUGACACAAACUGCUGUCUUGUAAGAAAAUCUGUUUUCUUACUGUAAGAACACAAAACGCAUUUUCAAAUCGGAAGACUCGAACGAUCACGGGUUGUUUCGAUCUGACGAUGCAAAACUCACCACCGUCGCCGACAACCGCCGCAACCGCCGCCGCGGCGACUGCCAAGGACCACCAGAACAGAACCACCCUCUUCAUCAUCCUCACCGCCUCCUUCUUCUCUCUCCUCUUCCUCCUCUCUCUCUCCUCCUCCUCCUCCUCCUCCUCCCAACUUUCCUCCCACCCUCCCCGACCCGACCCGUUUCUCUUCCCCAACACUCAGUCCCACCGCACCGUCUUCCCCACCGAUCCCUCCUCCGACGACUCUCCUCCACCCUCCAUCGCCUACUUCAUCUCCGGAUCCGCCGGUCACUCGGGCCGGAUCCUCCGCCUGCUCCACGCCGUCUACCACCCUAAGAACCACUACCUCCUCCACCUCGACCGCUUCGCACCCCAGGCCGACCGCGACGCGCUCGCCCUCACCGUCCAGUCCAGUCCCAUCUUCCGCGCCGCCCAGAACGUCGACGUCCUCGGCAGGGCCGACUUUGCCUACCCGAAGGGGUCGUCCCCGAUCUCCGCCACGCUCCACGGGGCCUCGAUACUGCUCCGGCUCGCUCCGAAUUGGGAUUGGUUGGUUAAUCUCAACGCUCUUGAUUACCCACUGGUUACUCAAGAUGAUCUGCUUCACAUACUGUCCUACUUACCGAGGGAUCUGAAUUUUGUGAACCACACCAGUUACAUUGGAUGGAGAGAGUCCAGGAAGUUGAGACCAAUCAUUGUGGAUCCGGGUCUUUAUCUUUCGGAGAAGACUGACAUGUUCUACGCCAGUCAGAAGCGUGAUUUGCCUGAUGCAUACCAGCUCUUCUCAGGUUCAACCUUUGGAAUUUUAAGCCGCAACUUCAUCGAGCACUGCAUCCUAGGAACUGAUAACCUCCCCAGGACUCUCCUCAUGUAUUUGUCAAACACGCCUUCAUCCCUAUCAAACUACUUCCCCACCAUACUAUGCAAUUCUCACCGAUUCAAUCGUACCGUUGCAAAUACUAACUUACAAUACACUUCUAACAAAUCCAUCAAGGGGGAAUAUCCUGAGCUAGAUUCGAAUGACUUUGACAAUAUGAUAAAGAGUGGAGCGGCCUUUGCCUCCUCAUUCCCAACGGAUGAAUCGGUCCUUGACCGGAUUGACCGAGAGAUUUUGGGGCGCUAUCCCAACAAAGUGGUGCCUGGUGGGUGGUGUUUGGGUGAAUCUAGAAACGACACCUGCUCAAUUUGGGGAGAUGCCGAUGUAUUGAGGCCCGGACCUGGAGCAAGAAGACUGGAGAAGUUUUUGGUCGACUUCUUGUCCAAUGGUACUGUUCUGUCUCAGCAGUGUGUGGUGCUCGAUUGACACAGUCCCACUUGUAGAAGUUGUCGGAAGAACCUUGGGAGCCAAAUUUUUGUGACGGAGAUUCCUCGAUAUGCUGAUUCUUUUUAGCUAGCAGUCAUGGCCAUCGACGUUGGACCAAGAUUGAUGACACCAAUCAACAGAGGCAUAACGAAUUGAAAGGGUGGUUGUAGCCAAACUUAUUUAGCGGGCAAAGGAUUGGUUUUUAUUCUUUGGUGUGAAAUUCCACAUGUUCUGCUGCCACGGCUGACCAGUUCAGCCUGUUAGAGGUGGAUUGCUGUGCAGAUGUUCUGGUCCAAGGAAUGAGGAACACGGUGAGCCACGCUUUGCCAUUAAAAUGCUUAGGCGCCUUGCUUUGAGAGAUUAAAAUUUGGAACAUCCUUGUAAGUUAACGUGAAGCAUUGGAUGAAGAUUGGUUGCUUGCAAGAAUGUGCUCUCUUUUCCACCUGUUGUGCAGUGAGUUUCUCUUUUGGCUUAUCACCGGUAUUUCAUUUGCUGGAUUUAGAAAGAUAGGAUUUUUCUCUUUGAUCUGAUGUCGAUGACAUUGUUGUCAUAUUCUGUU